UUUCCCUUCUGCCUAAAUUAAUAAUGGUUGUACCGAAGGCAAAACAACAACCCUGCGCGCAGCACGAUUGCGCGCAACACCUGAGGCGCUUCUCCAACCGCUCCAGCAGCAGACCAGAGGGUUUCCCCGCCCCACCCCAAAUUUGCAACAAAAGAGAGAAGAGGAACGCUCGCGCCCAAAGCAAAUAAAGAAAAAUAAUAUAAAAAAGAAGGCGCAAGAGUAUGGGGUUGAAAUAGGUUUAAUCCGCCCUUUGGAGAGGGGAAUGAAGGGCAAUCCUAUCGCAGGCUUCUCAACCAUAUCUGCAGCUCUUUGCAGUUUUACACAACACUCUUCCUUUACAUAACCAGUAGGUGCUGGGCGGCGGUGGGUGGAUGGAAAGGAAUGUUCCUCCCUCCAUCCGAAGCGGGGUUUUCCGAACCACCCAAAUGACUUAUCCGGAGAAUGGCAAGGGAGCAGGCUGCUGGUGGAAGUCUAAAGCAAUCCACUUUAAAUUAAAGCCACAACUCCUAGAGCGCGCGCGCGCGCUGUCAGAUUUAUGUAUGCCUUCCUAAAGUGGUGGGGGGGGGAAGAGAAACCCCUGGGGAGGGGGGUUUAAUAUGCUCUCCCCCAAGCAAUGAACUGAGCGACGCUUAAAGAAGAGGGAGACUGGUGCGUGGAGAGUUGCACUUUGGAAGGAAGUGCGCGCUUUGGAGAGGCGCGCCUGUGCAUUCGCCGCCCUCCCUGGCGUCCGCCUGCAUCCUUGCCGCCGGCAGCUUCUCUCUCUGUUUCUCUGCGGCUGCCUGCGCGCCUUUCUUCCCGGAAAGGAGCUCCUCGCCUCGUUGCAGCGGCGGCGGCGGCGGAAGGCGCUUGGCGGGGCCGAUGAUGACCUCACGCGGCCACGUCUCGGAGCGGCUGUCGGCGGCGCGGAUUGGCUGGCGCGGGCUCAGCGGCACUUCAAAGCCGGCGAGGGAGCUACAAUUGUGGUGGAAUGGGCGGAACUGAUCAUUGUAUUGCACACCUCUUAAAAAAAAACACUGCCUCUGAUUUAUCAAUAUAAAAAAGAUCCUCUGAGAGGAGGGCACUUUGUGGGAUGGCAACUUCACUUCUAGGGGAAGAACCGCGCCUGGGCUCCACUCCGCUGGCCAUGCUCGCCGCCACCUGCAACAAGAUCGGCAGCCCCAGCCCCUCGCCGUCGGCGCUGUCGGACAGCGCGUCGCCCUUUGCCAAAGGCUUCCACCCGUGGAAACGCUCGUCGUCGUCGUCGGGCAGCUGCAACGUCGUGGGCUCCAGCCUGGCCGGCGUCGGCGUCUCCGCCUCGGCCCGAAACGGCUCUUCGGCUCACGCGGCGGCGGCGGCCGCAGCAGCGGCAGCGGCAGCCGCGCUCGUCUCGGACUCGUUCAGCUGCGGCGGGUCGCCGGGAUCCAGCGCCUUCUCGCUCACGUCCAGCGGCGCCGCGGCGGCGGCCGGCUCGCCCUUCGCCAACGACUACUCCGUCUUCCAGGCGCCCGGGCCGUCGGGGGGCGGCGGCGGAGGGGGCGGGGGCGGCGGAGGGGCGCAGGACGCGCACCAGCCGGUCUUCAUCUCCAAGGUGCACACGUCGGUGGACGGCCUGCAGGGCAUCUACCCGCGCGUGGGCAUGGCGCACCCGUACGAGUCGUGGUUCAAGCCUUCGCACCCGGGCGACGCGGGCGCCUCCAGCUGGUGGGACGUGGGCGCCGGCUGGCUCGACGUGCAGAACCCCAACGGGGUCCACCCGGCCGCCGCGGGGCUCCCCGCCGGCUCCCUGCACUCCCCUCUGGGCGCCUACAACUCGGAUUACUCGGGCCUGGCGGGCCACUCGGCCUUCAGCAGCGGCGCGGCCUCGACGCACCUCCUGAGCCCCGCCGGGCAGCACCUCAUGGACGGAUUUAAGCCCGUGCUGCCGGGCUCGUACCCGGAGCCGUCGCCGUCGCCUCUGACGGCGGGCGCGGGAGGCUCCAUGCUGGGCGCGGGCCCCUCCGCGCCGCUAGGCGGCUCCCCGCGCUCCUCGGCGCGCCGCUACUCGGGCCGCGCCACUUGCGACUGCCCCAACUGCCAAGAGGCCGAGCGGCUAGGCCCCGCCGGCGCCAGCCUGAGGAGGAAAGGCCUGCACAGCUGCCACAUCCCCGGCUGCGGCAAGGUGUACGGCAAGACGUCGCACCUCAAGGCGCACCUGCGCUGGCACACGGGCGAGAGGCCCUUCGUGUGCAACUGGCUCUUCUGCGGCAAGCGCUUCACGCGCUCGGACGAGCUGCAGCGCCACCUGCGCACGCACACGGGCGAGAAGCGCUUCGCCUGCCCGGUCUGCAACAAGCGCUUCAUGCGCAGCGACCACCUCAGCAAGCACGUCAAGACCCACAGCGGAGGCGGCGCGGGAGGAGGCGGCGGCGGAGGCGGCGGAGGCUCGGGAGGCGGCAAGAAAGGCAGCGACACCGACAGCGAGCACAGCGCCCCCGGCAGCCCGCCCUGCCACUCCCCGGAGCUGCUGCAGGCCUCCGAGCCCGGCCACCGGAACGGGCUGGAGUGAAAGCGGCAGGCCCCGAGGCAAGGCCCCGAGGGGGACUCCUUUUCGUGUGUGUGUGGUUUUCCUUCUUUCUCCUCCCGCCUUUUUGUUUUCCCGCCCAGCCGCCUGAGGGGAAACCUCGCGCCUGUCUCAGCGACUCUGGUCAGGGGGUAAAAAACAAAACACAAAAAACACGGGGGAAAUCUCUCUGGACAUGUAAGUAGCGCCGCGCAUUGAUCCCCCGCACGGACCCCUCACUGGGCUGCCUUGCCCCGCAAGCUCCGGCCCCCGGCCGCCCUCGCAGCUACGCCGCCUGAGCCGCGCGCGGGCGAGAGGAGGAGGAGGAGGAGGAGGAACUUUCUCGCGGGAUCUUUGGGGGUCUCCCAAGCAGCUGCUCCAGAGAGGCAGCCCGCCCUCCCCACUGACUUCCACGCUCCAAGGGGAAGAGGUUUUAUUUUUGGGCAGGGGGGGAGUCUCCAACCUGCGGGACGGAGGGAGGGCGUGGGAUCCCGAUCUGGACAAACUACAGAGCCAACAACCUAUUGAUUGAGAAUUAGAGUGUCUUAUCAGGAAACAAAACAAAAAGCAGCCAAGAUCUCCCGCUGAAAGCACUUUGAAUUAAAUAUAUAUAUAUAUAUAUUAUGGGAAGCUUUUUUAAAUUAAAAAAAAACCACACAUUAUUUCGGACCACUCCUAAACUUCUCUUCAACUUUGCAUUGAACUGCAGUCGCCAGCCAGCUAGAAUGCUGCCCGUUGAAGUUGGUGGGAUUACUCUGGAGUAAAAGGGUGAAGCCUGAAGCAUUUGUGUUUGUGGAUAUGUGAGUGUGCAUGUAGGUGUGAUCACUAACCAGCCCCAUUCGCAAAUCACUUACGCCAGAGUAUUCCGAAUUGGAAUGAAGUGGGUACUUAUUUUACAACAUUUCCAAGUACAUAAACUGCUUCAGAGGCUAGUCCAAGGCAUUUUAGUCUGUGAUCCCUACCUGAGGUUGGGGGGAGGUGGGGCGUUACAUUCAAUGGGAGUCAAUUAAACUUUCUUCCAAGUAAAGGAGUGUUUUGAGUGAUAUCCCCUUUGAAGCCCGUGAGAUUUACAGCCAAAGGAAAAUUCCUGAAUUUCAGCAGAUUUCGCUGGCAUCCAAUUCUAAAACAAUUGCUCUGAAAUAAGUGACUUCAAUAAGAGGUUAUGUCCAAGGAUCUUCUUGGUGUCCUUAGGAUUUCAACUUUACAGCUCAACCCCAUAUAUGUUUACACAGAAGUAAGUAAAACUGAAUUAAGUUGCCUUAAGCUACAAUCCUAUGCAUGCUUAUGGGAGUAAUAUCCAUUGAGCACAGUGGAUCUUACUUCUGAAGAAAACAUGCAUAGGGUUGGGCUGCACUCAUUUCGUUCAAUUGGACUGUAUCAGUGUAAACCCCACUAAUUUAAGUGAAUUAUGGAUUGGGCUAUAAAUCUAAGUUCUCUGCCUUAAUUGAUCACAGCCUAAAUCAUGCUUAGUCUUUUUUUCUUUUUAAAAAAUGCUUCUUGGAGAAAGUGUAAUUACUCUGGCAAAUCCAACACUUUUGGACACAAACAUUUACAUUUGUUCUUGGAAACCUUGAGUAUAAUCCAGACAAAUUUAAUGUCCAGUUGGUUUCAGUGGCUAAACUCAAGAUUAAUUCUAUCCUAUUGAAAUCAAAUGACUUUAAAUUGCUUAAUUGUGGCUGGAUAGUGCCCAUAAUUCGAAAUGUGUUUGACUUCAGAUCUCUUCUGAUGAUUUUUAUCUUAAAAGAUAGAGAUAUAGCCUAAUUUUCAGUAACUUCAUUUUCUUAAAAGUUUCUCCCAUGUUUAAAAAAUUGUACCAGCGUGAUAGCCCCCUGAUUUCAGAGUUUCAGCAUCUAUAUUCAUGCAGUGCUCUAGAUGCACCUAGGAUUAAAAUUAUUAUUUGUAGCAUUAUUUUUCUGAUUUAAAUAAUUUAAAAAGUACCCUUGCUUUUCAGCGAGCCUGUAGUUUGAAUGCCAAAAAAAGAGGGGGGUCAUAGGGACAAAUAUUUGUAAAAUAAUUCUAAACCUAAUGGUUUGUACAACAGAAUCGUUGUAAAAUAGCUAACAAAUAUAACUCCACCAGUGUAUCGGUGUGAGAUGCAGUUGUCCAGGGGACGAUUUUGUAUAGUAUUUUUCUUGUAUAUUACUUCCAGUAAAUAUUUGAAAAUAUAUUAAAGUACACUUGAGCUUCCCCCCCCUUCUUCCCCCCUCCUCUUUUUGGUCACAAGAAAAUAUUAAAGCAUUAUUGUUGCAGUCCUAAUUAACUGCAUUUUUAACUUGUCCCUUGAAGUGUGCAGCAAAUUGCACUUCAGGAUAUAGUUUUUGCUUGAAUAUUAAUUUAGAUAGGCGUAAGACUGUAAUUAAGCAAACAAUAUUUGAUAAAUGUUGAAUGACAUUUAAUUUAAUGGAGCAUGUACUUAUUUGCAUUUGCUGGCAGUUCAGGUAUAGUUUAAGUGAGAGUUCUCCUAUAUUUCAAAACAGUGGGCGCACCCAGACCCAUGUAUUAAAUAAACUGUCCAAGUGAAACUGACUAAUGAUGGCCUAUGUGUAUUUCCUGAAAAUAAUAAUGGUGAAUGUUACUAAAACGCUCCUAAUGCUACUUUGAAGUUUGCAAACCCUGCAAACAAAUAGUCUCAUUGUAAUGUUGAAAUAAGUUUGGAUAUUUCACAUUGAAAUGGAAAAAAAGCCUUUCGCUGGAACACUUUAAAUUUGCAUUUUAAAUGCAUGAAAUGUAAUUGAUUUUUAUCUGUAAGAUUUUAAAUGGAAUUAAUAAACACCAGAUAAAAUAAUUGUUGUUAGGUUAGUUAAUUUCUUUCUAAAGAUAAAAAGAUGGCAUCUUCAAAUUCAUCUUCGAAUUCCCUCUUCUGACUGAUAUCCCCCUUGAAAGCAUACAUACUCUCUAACCUGGUUGGGUAACAUUUCCAUGGAGACCUCAUUGAAAGUAGACAUCAGGGAAAGAAGUCCUAUUGACAGCAACCAAGUUUACUUCUAAGUAGGACUGUUUAGUCAGGGGUGUCGGAAAUCUUGCGGAUGUUGUGUCAAGGAGGGAAAAUAAAACAAUUGCUGUGAAUAAUAACUGCUGAUGAAUGAGCACUUUGGUAUUCAAAUUAUACUUUAAGAAUGUACUCAUUUGUGAAAUACAUCCAUAUUGUAUUAACCUCUGUUGCUCAUCACCAGAUCUGAUGGGGGGGGGCACGAUUUGGAAAAUAUUGUGAAGGCAUUUAAGUGGCUAGCUCUGUGUUUAUAUGUGUAUACACAUACAGGCACGUCUUGUGUUUCCUUUUAAUGGAAAACGAAAGCAAAGGUAGAGUGAAGAGUGUCUUUCUGUCUGUCUUUUUUAAAUGCAAAGUACUGCAAUUUGUGCAAAGGAAGUUAUACUAUAUCGUUAAAUACUCAGACCCUGGGCUUUGCUGACUGGCAUCUGGAUCCGAGUCCAGCAUAACCCACUUUCCGAAGCUUAGGAUCGGAGCGUUGGGAAGGAAAUUCUUCCCGGGGCUGCAAGUGAACAAUUAACUGCUCUGACAAUGGGAGGCUUCCUUUUCCCAAAGAGCCCUUGUGCUUGAUCAGCAUGAAGCUUUAAGUCCAGAAGGAGCACUCACUAACUGUUGAUCUAGCUCUCUUGGCUAUUGUCUAAGGCUGUCAUGAGAGCGGUCCUAGCGUCCCGAUCUUCGCCACUCUAAGAAAAAGAGACAAGUAUCUCCUUGGAACGAACAACCCGAUCCUAAGGACGUUUAUUCAAAAGUCAGCACAUUAAUUCCAGUGCCAAUUCCAACAAGUGUGUGCCGACUUAGUUCUAAAUUAAUGUGUUUAGGAUUAGGGCUUGUUUCCUGAGCAAUAAAGAGAGCAAUAGAAAAACGAGGUGAGAAGCCCUAUGAGGUUACAUUUGGAGGAACCGUGGUGCUUGUUGCGUGAGUCCAUGGACGUAGCCAGGAUUUUUGUGGGGGGGGGCAGAACCUUAGUUACCUAAGUUUUUUUAUUAUUAUUUUGGGGGGGGCAGCUGCCCCUCCCUGGAUCCCCGCGGCUACGCCCAUGCGUGAGUGUUUUGUUUCCCUCCGCCACCCGGAAAUCCUGAGCGCGUUAUUUUUUUGGCAAGGGAUCUUGCUGGGUGUUGCCUCCCUUCCAAACUGGAUAGGCGAAAACAGAAAGUUUGGGUUUGAGGCUGCAAGAAAUAGGCAAUUGUAAGACUAUCUGGGGCCGUGUGGGGCCGAGAGCUGUAAAACUAUUGCGCGCCCUCCGGUGCCAAUCCUUGGGGAAGAGGAUUGCUAUUCUUAAUCUUGUUCUCAUUUAGGUUUCCACACCAAAAUUUGGAAGCAAUGUUAGGUGGCCUGCAGAGCAAGGGUUUUGUUUUGAUUGGUUUUUUUUCCUCCCAUCCCUCCAAAACCUUUCCCUUCUAUCUAAAAGAGGAGCCUUGUAUCGGUUUAACGCGCCUUCCCUGUUGUCAUGCUUGUCUCUCCGUCGGGUCACAGUUUUCCUUCUAAAAGGAUAAAGUUACGAAAACCACAAACGGUAGCGCGGUAAGGUUUGCAGUUGGAGCAGGUGGCAGCCACCUUCUCCUCGCUUCUUAAGAUGCGCUAGUGUUUUCAGUCGGGGCUGUUCAGGAUCUCUGCGGUCAUUUCUAGCUCCCGAGUAAGCAAGCAGUACGAGGCUGGACUUAACUGUCAGGGGUCCUUUACCUUUACCUUUUAAGAUGCACUGGAGUAAACUAACCCUCUCUGUCUCUCUGUCUCUUCCUGCCAGGCAACCGAAGGCGAGGGUGUCGAUAUGGGUUUAUUGACUUGCCUUUGCUGCUUCUCAGUCGAAACUAGGAAGGUUAGGUUUGCUCCAAAGUAGGAAGCAUCCAGGUUGAUGUGGUGGUGUCUCUUUCUCAGCCUCACACCCAACCACCCCAACCCGCCCCUCUCCUAACGCAGAGGCCAGCCUGACCCCGAGGUCAAUCGGGUCUCCAUCAACCCGUCCCCCAAGUGCCUUCAAAUGAUUACGGCACUUCUCGUUUGCUCUUUGACCCACUGAAAGGUUCCCUGCUCUCCAAAGUCGUGUUGCAUGCCUUGCUGCUGCUGCUGAAGUCGGUGCGCGCGCGGGAGAGAGGGCAGCUACUCCCACUUUUUAUUUCAGUAACUUAGGAUCUCUCCUGUCAGGGCUCCGCUUGGGAUAUUUUUUGUGAAAGACUGAGGAACAGAACCGGGUUUCCUUGGGGUGAGCGGGUGAGGGGACCAUGCAGAGGGGAAAACGCGCAGUGGGCACCAGCGGGCUGUGUCAGUUGCCGCCUGUGCGGUUUUGCGUGGAGAUACCGCCUUUGCAAAGCGACUUUGUAACUUCAACCCGCCUAACCACUAGACCCCACCAGGCCAGGCCCAGUUAGGGAAGCCGGCUAUUUGGCCCCACGGACUUCAGUGGGGCUGAACUGCACUCUUCAUUUAAGCCUUCUAACCUAACCUGAUCCUGAACACCAGAGUGCGCUACGGGGCAAGACAGCAUGUUAGGAUUUCAGCCUUGGAAGCAGGUCUCUCUGGCCUUCAUUCCAAGUAAAUGAGGAUAGAAUGAGGGUGUGAAUCACUUUAAAGCCGAGCACAACUCCUGAAACGUGGAAGGGCGAAUAACAUUAUUCCUGCGUGAACAGACAUGCCCGCUCUUCCGGUCCCUUUGACUCGGAAUACAAAAAGAUGGAGGUAAGCCUGGCUAAAUGUGGGUCUCCCUCCUUCCUCCCCAUCUCUGCCCCACUCCAGGCAGUAAAGGAUCGACCACCUCGUUCAUUUCAUGCUCUCCAAUCGCUCCCAAAGUUGAGUCACUUAAACCCUCCAGCCUCUUGGCUAGAAGGUAGAAUAGCUGAGGGAUUCGGUAGCGGGGUAGUGGGGACCCUACUGAUCGCCCACUGGUUUGUUCCAAUUGCUUUUCUUGGAAAGAGCAAGCUUUCGAGAUUCUUGGAAAGGGAGCUUUCGAGAUUCCCAGGUUGCGUAAAAGACCCGACACCCCCGGGCACAAAACCUCUGAUAGAGGCAGCCAGCGCCCUGGGUUUCCAAAACAACACUGCAGCCAGCCUCAGCCGCUUCCCUUCCCCUUUCCAAAGGAAAAGGCUCGCUGGUCCCUCUGCCCCCUGGGCCGGUGGGGCACAGGACUCCUUGCGGAUUAGGGGCUUUGAAAUUCUCAACCGCGUUUGAGAGCUGGUGUGGCAUUGUGUAACAGCGGGAAAGGUCGGACAAGGACCAGGAUACAAAUCUCUGCUCCGUCAUUCAUCGUGGGCGCCUCUCUUUCUCUUAUUCUCACCUACCUACAGCGCAGGGGUGUUGUUGCGGGAAUAAGACUGGGGCGGGAA